GCCUCUUCCAAGAGACCAACACAGCACAAGAACAUGCUGAGCUCGACCGUGGAGCUGAUCACUCUCUGGGCGUCGUCAUCCAGCCCGUCGCUACUGGCCUUCUGCUUCUCCCACCUCAUCAUCGCCGUCAUCCUCGUCAGCGGCCGCGGAGACUGGACGCCGGGAGCCGCCGAAGCUGGAACGCCGGAUGGCAUUCUUCCUCGAGUGCGGGGAGGGAAGAGGAGAGAUCGAGGGUCCGCUGCCGCUAGCGUCGUCGAGCACAGGCGCGGCUGUGCCCACGACGACGACGUCAACGGCCGCCCCACGGGGUGCGUCGCCGAAGUUGACACGGAUGAUGUCCAGGCGCAGUCAAGCGAGGAGAGCAGCGCGGCGGAGGAUGGAGCUUCUGUUGAUGAUACGGUACAGGAGAAAUGCCGUGGUGACGACGAGGAAGAGGAUGAGCUCAUGAUGCGGGCCGAGGAGUUCAUCCGGAGGAUGAACAGAGUUUGGAUGGCAGAAAACGUGCGCUUUUGCUGAUGCGCUGGUGACUUGCUGCUAUCCCAAGCGUGGUUGUUGUCUGCUUUGUACACUGUGUAUGUUACGCAGGGAGAAUCAGCUGGCAGGGAGGAAA